AACAGCUUGUUUUCAAUAGGUUAUAAACCUACAUCAAACUAUCGCAAAAUUAUUUACUUUCUUCAUAAUUCAGAGAAAAGUCAUUCUAAGCAGUAGUCUUUUGUUUUUCAAGAAGUGGAAUCCGUUCGUAUUGUCCGUAAUAAGAUAUUGUCACUGCUAACGUGUGAAAGUAAUCCCGAACUAUGCGUCUUAUAAUUCUCGAAGAUGCCAGCAUCGUUGCCGACUGGGCCGCCAGAUUCGUUCUCCAGCGGAUCACGCAGUUCGCUCCGGGUCCGGGAAGACAUUUCGUGCUGGGCCUGCCCACCGGUGGGACGCCCCUCGGCAUGUACAAACGGUUGAUAGAGUUCCACAAGGAAGGGAAGUUAUCUUUCAAAUAUGUGACCACUUUCAACAUGGACGAGUAUGUGGGUCUUCCCCGUGACCACCCCGAGUCCUACCACUACUACAUGUGGAACGAGUUCUUCAAACACAUCGACAUAGAGCCGAGCAACGCGCACGUGCUCGACGGCAACGCAUCCGAUUUAGUGGCCGAGUGUCAACGCUUCGAGAAACUCAUACAGGAGGCUGGCGGAGUGCAUUUGUUCAUCGGAGGUAUCGGUCCGGACGGUCACAUCGCGUUCAACGAACCGGGCUCCUCGCUGGUGUCUCGGACGCGAGUGAAGACCCUGGCCUACGACACCCUGGACGCCAACAAGCGGUUCUUUGACAACGACAUCAGCAAGGUGCCCCGACAGGCGCUCACCGUUGGAGUCGGAACUGUUAUGGACGCUAAAGAGGUCAUGAUCCUCAUAACAGGAGUGCACAAGUCCUUGGCGCUUGCCAAGGCUGUGGAGGAAGGCGUGAACCACAUGUGGACGGUGUCGGCCUUCCAGCAACAUCCUCAAGCGCUUUUCGUGUGUGACGAAGACGCCACACUCGAGUUGAGGGUCAAAACAGUUAAAUACUUUAAGGCGCUGAGCGAGGAGCACCAGAAGAUGAUAGCAGACGCCCCAGUCGAAAUACAGCACAUCAUCCACUGAUCGUCUCCGCUCGACGAGGGAUGAUACCUACAUUAUUUUACCUUAUUUCUUUCUCAUUAGUUUUUAAAAGUAUUCCUAGACAUUAGAAGCAUAACGACGGAUAUCCACAAUACAAACUUAUCAAAUAGAAUACUUCAAAAUGUGUUUAGUUUUAAUCAAGGUAUUCGAAUCAGAUAAAGGCAUUUUUUGGAAAAAAAUAUACGAUCUUAUGCUUUUGAUGUCUACAUUUGUACAAGAUGCAAAAACGUUUUGUUAAUCGAAUGGACGGAGCUCACUCUGUGUAUGAAGUGUCCGACUUAUAGCGUGUAAUUAACGUGGCGCGAAAAAUUUCAUCUCUGCACACUUAGUCUUCACUCCAUUUAAAACUGCUACAUUCAUAUCAUACCAGCUAUUUAUCUGGAUUUUUGAGUUGUAAUUUUCUGCUUACUUACAGCUAGACACUGUUCUUCUUAUCUCCUCAUUUAAGAUACUAAAUCUCUUAACUCCACCCUCCAUAGCUAAAUACAGAGGCAAUUAACGCACUAGGCCGCACGUGUUGUAACAAUUAUUGUCACACGGAAUUUUACGUUCGUCUAAUCUUUUCAAGGUUUCAACUUUUUAAAAAGACAACUUCUGUCUUAUUGAAACUCAUGAACACUAAAGCGUUUAUAAUCAUAAGAUAAUUUUGGUGCUGUGAUUAAUUAAAAAUUGAUGAAUUGUGAAGAUUAAAUAGAAAAAGCGUGCCUUUGAAAGUCAAAAGAUGUUUCGAAAUUAGUUUUUUAUAGUUGGAUAGACAAUGUGUAACUUUUUGUAUAGUGCAAAGCACAAAAACCUAUUUUUAUUCCUUUUCCAUUACAGAGUUUAAUGGCGGAACACAAUAAACUGAUAGAAGCAAAACAAUGAGACACAUUCCAUAUUUAGUUGUAAGGACAUGGUGAAAAACAUUAUGCUUGUAUAUUGUACCUAUGUAUCAUUUAUAUAAUAAAAACAAUGCGGUUACCUAA